UUUAGUGAAGUCGGUACAGCUAUACGCACAGGUCGCGCGCGCUUGCUCAGUGUACAUUCAUAUAACAUAACACGAACAAUCUUAUUUUUAUUAAUGAAAGUUAACAGUGAUAACGACAUUUAAUAAAGAAAAGAGUUAAUAAGUUCAUAGUCUUUUGCAUUAUAGUGGAGCUGAAAUAUUACACGUUAUCUGAGCGUGCGCUGCAUAACAGAUAAUACAUUAGGUGAUGUUUUGUGAGGCAGUAAAAAAUGGGAAACAAGAAUAAAUAAUAUGUUCAUAACUUCUGUGAUGUGGAUAAGACUGUGAGAACAAUAGUGAAAAUGCGUGUCUGGUGGUUCGCGUUAGUUCUGUGUGUGUGUUCCCUGGAGUUUGGGAGCGACGCCCUGCCUCCCGCGGCGCUUGGAGACGUCGUCAUCAAUGCAGCCAGCAGCCUCAACUCCAUGAAAGUAACAGGAGCAUGGAGGCGGCUAUCAAGUACAGUUAGCGAGUCGGUCGGGCUGAAACAUGCUCUUCGAAGAUUACAGAAUGUACCACAACGUGCAGCCCGCCUGGUGCACGCAUUGGUUGACCGAAUGAGGGUCGGUGGAGGGCCUGUAGUGGCGACCAGAUUUGGCUCCUUACGAGGACGUCGCGUUGUCGCAAGGACAAGUGCGCAAACACCGUAUUAUAGCUUUAAAGGCAUCAGGUAUGCGCAGUCACCUCGAGGAUCCCUGCGGUUCCGACCGCCCUCGCCGCUGGAGCCAUGGUCAGGCAUCCGAGACGCGCUCGAAGAGGGCGCAGUUUGCCCUCACAGGUUCAUGUUGUUCGACACUUAUAAGGGAGACGAGGACUGUCUCUUCCUAAAUGUGUACACGCCUGCUUUACCCGAUAUACUUACAGGAUACAACCCAAAGCUAGCAGUAAUGGUCUGGAUUCAUGGUGGAGCUUUUGCAGUGGGAUCAGGAAACGCUUUCCUGUACGGACCCGACCACCUAGUUGGUGCAGGCGUGGUUCUUGUUACCCUUAAUUAUAGGCUUGGAGCUCUAGGCUUUCUGAGCUUGGAAAACGAAGAAGUCUCUGGAAACAUGGGUCUAAAGGAUCAAGUUAUGGCUUUGAAGUGGGUACAAGAUAAUAUCGAAUAUUUCGGGGGUGACCCGACUCGUGUCACUAUUUUUGGUGAAUCAGCCGGUGCCGCGUCUGUCCAUAUGCACAUGUUAUCACCCGCAUCACAGGGACUGUUUCACGGUGCAAUAGCGCAAAGUGGUGUGGCGAUAUCACCGUGGGCCCUUGCCAGGGAACCUAAAAAACGAGCCUUUGAACUUGGUCGAGAACUUGGGAUCGAUACCAAUAGCACUGCUGAACUAUUAGGCUAUUUACGCGCCACGCCAAGCGAGCUACUAGUUAAAGCUGGUGCUCGUUUAUCCGCUGCUCCGGGUAAAACAGCAGACCUUCACAAUACAGUGGCUCUGCCGUUCUUGCCGACGGUGGAGCCCGACCUGCCCGGAGCCUUCUUCACCAAGAUGCCGAAAGACUCGCUGCCGGGCUCAGAUGUGCCGUUUCUCACAGGGUAUAAUGCUGAAGAAGGAAUUAUUCUGUUUCGACGUCUACAGCGCUACCCUAAAUUAUUGAGUGAGCUAGAACAUGAAUUUACCCGAGUCAUACCCCCGGAACUUGCUUCAAUUGAUGAGGAACGAUUGGAAAAGGUCGCAGAACACAUCAGAGCCUUUUACUUCCAACAACGACCUGUGGACAUACGAAAUAUCGAUAGUCUUAUUGAUCUCUUCACAGAUAUAAUGUUCUUGAGGCCCGCACUAGACACGAUCCGUCUGCAAGCCAAAACGAACCGAACGAGCCCGACCUACUUAUAUCGAUUUGCUUUCGACGGUGCAUUGGGUCUCUUCAAGCGAAUGUUGGGCAUCUCUCACCCUGGGGCCUGUCAUGGCGAUGAAAUGGGCUACCUGUUCUAUUUCUCAAGAUUGAACUACAGACUAGACGAUGACUCGCCAGAAUUAGCCGUUUCCAAGAAAAUGGUGCAAUUGUGGACAAAUUUUGCAAAGACUGGGAACCCAACACCUCCGAUUGAUUACGAGUCAAUAGUAGACUUCAAAUGGCUUCCUGUCAAUGAUACACAGCACAUCAACUACCUCGACAUAACGGGAAACUUUACCAUGAAAGAGGAUCCCGAACCCAAAAGGGUGCGCUUUUGGGAUUGGCUCUACGAUAAUUAUACCAAGAAGCCAUAAUUUUUACAGUGUCUUGAGAAUUAAAAUAAAGAGGACAUUGGUGAUAUAAUAGAAUUGAUUGAACUAUAAAGUGUUAUUUAUUAAGACGGAUACUGCAAUAAUCUGUUAGUUGUUACCAUGAUUUUAAGCGAUAAAAAUAAUUAUCUAUAGAAAUAAUUAAUUAAUGUUACAAGUUUUGUUAUGUGCAAAAG